UACUACAGAGCAGAUAUGGAUAGCCACGUUUUCUCUAUUACUGAGCAGAGAACUUACGUAAUCUGUCUAGCCACCAAUCUAAUACCACUGGCACCCACUCGUAAUCAGUUUUGCCUUGAAGUGACCAGCGAGCAGACCAACAUUAUGGCAGCUACCCAGACUAGCGGGGACGAGGUGGUGGUGGUGGAUCUGCGCAGUGACACCUUGACUCAGCCCUCGCCCCUCAUGAAGCAGGCCAUGGUGGAGGCGUCCUUGGGGGAUGACGUGUUUGGCGAAGACCCGACUGUCAUUGCCCUCCAGAAGAAGGUGGCGGCUCUGCUGGAAAAGGAAGACGCCCUUUUCUUCCCUACUGGAACCAUGUGCAAUCUUGUAUCAGUCCUGACCCAUUGCCAGCAGCGGGGAAGCGAGGUCAUCUUAGGCGACCAGAGUCAUAUCUACCUGUAUGAACAAGGUGGGAUUUCUCAGCUAGGUGGCGUGCAUCCAAGAGCAGUGAGGAACCUCCCGGAUGGAACCUUUGACUUGCACGAACUUCGGAAACUCGUGAGGUCUGACAACGUUCACUUCCCCGUCAGCGCCCUUGUCUGCGUGGAGAAUACCCAUAAUGUGGCAGGCGGGAAGGUGCUGCCUCUGGAUUGGCUGGACGAGCUGGGAGCCACGUGUCGCCAGUUGGGUCUUCCCCUUCAUAUGGACGGGGCACGCCUCCUCAACGCAGCCACCGCCCUGGACCUCCCGCCUGCCCGCCUCGUCAGGAGCUGCACCACCGUCAGUCUGUGCCUCAGCAAAGGGCUUGGCGCUCCUGUGGGCUCCGUACUGGCUGGCCCUGAGGACUUCAUCGAAAGGGCACGAAGGACGCGGAAGGCAUUGGGGGGUGGCAUGCGGCAGGCUGGGAUUCUGGCUGCCGCAGGGAUCUUUGGCCUGGACCACGUGUACCCAACGCUGGGACGCGACCACCGCCUUCUGCAGGAGUUAGCCAAAGCUGUGGAGGCGUGUGGCAGCAAGGUCAUAAGGUGUGACCCGCAGGCCACCCACACCAAUAUCCUGCUGGUGGACUGUGACCUCAACGUAGUGACCCCCGAAGCACUGUGCAAUAGGAUGGGUCAGGCAACCCAAGAGGAAGUGAUGUCACUGGGAGAACACGUCAUCGUCCAAAUGCUGCCUAUAACUGACACUAAAGCGCGAUUGGUCCUUCACUGUGACGUCACGCCCAACCAAGUCCAAUCAGCGGCCAGGAAGCUGCGUUACGUCAUCAAGGAGCUGGAUUCUGAUUGUUGAUUGGCUGAAGGGUGUUUAUUUAUAUUCUGGAUCGUUUUCUCUUCUUUUCCUGGAAAUAAAUUUGUGCAGAA